AUGACUCCGAGAUCUACUAUCAGCAACAACCCAUCUCCGAGUGUCGGGCAGCCUACGCCUCCAGCGGUGCCAUCGUCGACCUCGGGGACCGCCGGUACCAAUGAAUCCGACAGCGAUAAUCACCCGGAAGAGCGGCCGACUCACACAUCAGAGAUUGGCACGCUCAAAAAGCUCCCUAACCAUGGCACUGCGUGGCUAGGCAGUUCCUCCGGCGUCUACUUUGUCAACACCGUGCGACGAGCCUUUUCCGCGGCCUUCGCCUCUUCGAAUGUUGGUAGCGCAAAUACAGUUCCCGCCAGCGAGGAUAUUCUCACCGGCGAGGACGCCGAGGGUCGCUCCUAUAACGGCCCCCUGUAUGGGGGACCCAGCACAUCGGAUCAGUUUCCCCAGACUCUUGCCUCGGCGUUGGGUAAGCCUCCCGCGAAGAAGAUUGCUGUCGAAUUGGUCACCUCUUUCUUUACGGUGUGGCACCCACUCUUCCCUUUCCUGCAUGGACCGAGUUUUAUCAAGGACAUGGAGACAAUAUACGCCUCUCAGCGCCGACCUUCAAGACCGACCAAGGACAGCCCCGUGCCGAACGACCUACGGAAACUGCUGACCUUUCAGCUGAUCAUCAACAUCGCAUCUCUGGACCGGAGCGAUAUUCAUCUUCCCAUGGAAUCACGGGUGAAAUCGACCGCCGACGUAUGUCGAGUGGCUGGAUGCCUAGCGAUGGACCACGAUCUCGCCACCAUCCAAGCGAUCCUUGCGGCCGAACUCUACCUCACCGCCACUCUGGCUAUUCGCCAAGCCAGCACUGUUGCAGGAAUUAUCAUCAAAUUGAUCUACCAUGCCGGUCUCCACCGAUGUCCCCUGCGUUAUGCUCAAUUUUCUCUCGAAGAGUGCGAGAUCCGCAAACGGAUAUUUUGGUCGGCAUAUGCGCUGGAUCGACAUUGUAAUUUGAGUCUUGGCGAUCCGAAUGUGAUUCAAGACGACGACAUUGACGUGUGCUUGUCCGGACCGGAACUUCACAAGGCUCUCGCACGAGACCUGAUGCCUAACCCCGAAGGCGACAUGAACAUACAUAUGCCCCCUCCAAGGGCGUUUCCUGAGGAUCCACGCCUGGCGCAAUCCGACAAUGACGGUCCUGAAGCUCAAGAAAAACGACUGAGAGAGGCCGCCUUGACGGCGUAUGUGCAAUGGGGCAAGUUGACUGGACAAAUCAUUGAAGUCUUUCACAAAAGCAUCAACCACCGCUUUCCGAAGCAUGAACAAAUUCUGCGUCUUACCAGUGACAUCGAGACGUGGUGGAAUGAUCUUCCAGGGUUUCUGAGUGGCGAGGUCGAGGCUGGUCACGAGAGGAGCCACCGUGAACCCAGCGACAUCACGAAUCCCACAUCUUCCGCGACGAACGGACAUAAUGCAGCAGCAGGCAACAGCUCUGAUCCAUCUCAUCUUGCUCCCCCACAACAACACCUCGCCAGCUUUUUCAAGAUCUUGUACCACCGACUGCUCCUUCUGGUGAAUCGCCCUCGCCUGUCCCUGGACCAGUCAACCCCUGAAUUCCAGCACGGAUUGCAAGUGUGCAUACGAGCAUCGCGCGGAAUUGUAGCCGGUCUCAGAGCGCACAAGAAACAUGGUCAAUCUAUGUUUCUUCCUGGUCUCCUGUCUGCGGCGUGGAUGUCUGGCCUGAUCAUCGCGUUUGCCUGCCAGUUGGGCAAGUACGCCAAAGCACGAGCACUCAGCGACAUGCAAGCGUGCUUGCACCUCCUGGAAAGUAUGAAUAUCAGAUGGUAUACGGUGCAAAAUUGUCACAAAGUUCUGAGCCUGCUCCUCAUCAACAUUCAGUCACGGAAGGCCUCCGUCAAUGGUUUCCUGACCGUUCCUAAGCCGGAUCAAUCGCCGCAGAGCCUGCCAGCCGAGUUCGAGCAGCCAUCUCGAAAGAGACAGCGGGCCACCAGUGGCAACGAAGAUGCCAGUCCUCGGAAAUCGUCCGUCGCGGAAUCCACCACCAGUUCGCCUACCCAGGGACAAAUCGCGACGGCGGCUGGGAACAACUCUCACUCGCGACUGAAACCUCAGGCUUCUACUCCCAAUAGCACGCAGACGUGGACACCUUCGACCACAUUCGACCCCACUAAUCCCUCGGCGCUCACUAACCCAUCUGGCGCGCUCUCUGCGUUUGACUUCUCGAACUGGGACCGUGGUCAGCCGACCACCCAACCUCAGUUCAACCCGGGCAUCGGCAGCGCUGUAUACGCCACUCCGCAGGAUCUGGCGUUUGCGCAAUCAACCAUGAACAUGAACCUCCCUGGUCAAUCGGCGUCAGGGGCCAUAGGAGGCGAUGGCAGCAACACGAAUCUGGCAGAGUACUCAGACCCCAUGUUCUGGGGCAAUAUGGAUUAUAACGUCGCGGACAUCUUUGGUUCUGCAACUUGGGAGAACAUGACGGGGCCUUUUGCGCCGAACGGGGGCGUCAACAGCGGAUGGGACAUGUAA